UGUUGUAAUCAGGCGAAUGUUUUCACUUGUCACCUGUUCCAGGACAAUGAAAGCGUGUUUUGAAUAUACCUUUAUUUUAUAGUCAGCUGGUUUGCCAUCACGAAACAAUAUGGGGAACUGUUUUAAAACUCCUAGUACCGACGACAUAUCGUUAUUACGCGGUCAUGAAACCCAAGAUGGAGCAGAGCAAGCACUCGGCCCUCCUCCGCCGUAUCAGGAACGUGUGCCAGUGUACCACCCUGCCCCUAAUGUGAGUCGGCUGGCCAACCAACUGUCAGAGGAGGAACAGAUUAAGAUCGCCAAACGUCUAGGACUGAUCAGUCACCUACCUACAGGCGUGUACGACGGCACCAACAAGAAAGGCAGAGAGUGCGUUAUAUGUAUGAACGACUUUAUACUGGGAGAGUGCCUGAGAUUUUUGCCAUGUAUGCACACCUAUCAUAGAGACUGUAUUGACGACUGGUUAAUGCGAUCAUUCACCUGUCCGUCUUGUAUGGAGCCUGUGGAUGCAGCUUUACUCACAACAUAUGAAACCAAUUGACACCAGAGACGUUAUGGAGGACACAGAGACUCAACUGUCAUACAGAUUUGUUUUUUUACAGGGGCUUGAUGAUUUGUCUCUGUGUAAUGGUGCUGGAGAUGUGAUAUAGACUACAUGUUAUGACAGAAUUUCAUUCCUCAAGUUUUAAAAAGACAGUUUGGUAGAGUUGUGGAUCUGAAAAUGUGGCUGUGUGCAAGUGACACUUAAGCUACAUAGUUUUGAAGAGAUCUGCCGAUUGUGACUGUGCGACUGCAGUGCUAGUGGCUGCAAAGACAAGCCUGCUACUGUAAAUACAAGCUAUAUAGUGACUAGUUCCUCAUCAAAACACACUUGAUCCUGCACAUUCAGUCAAGUUGUUUAAAGGUCUAGAUAUAAAACAAGGUAGUAACAGUUCACAAUAUGAAAGAUUGUCCACAAGGUUUUGGUAUACAGAGCUUUUUUUUUUUUGGUAAAAUCAAGUUUAUUAGUUAAGGUGUCUCAAAUGAACCAAUCGACAUUGCCUUCACUUGGUAGAUGUUGUCAUUUGUGUUAAGGUGCCUCAAAUGAACCAAUCGACAAUGACCUGUCAGCUGCUGUCAUUUAUGUUUAGCUGUUUCAAAUGAACCAAUUGACAGUGACAUGAUAGACAUACAAUUUAAAAUAGCCAUUUUGAUUAUGUCUAUAUAUGGCAGGGUAAACUGUUUGUUUAUAGAAUAGGAAAACUAUUGGUGGAAAACUAUUGAGCUGUGAAAUACAAUGAAGUGUUUGUGGUUGAAUGACAGUUGAACUGCCACAUAGAACCUACCUUGACUAGGCUGUGCGGGUUGCACCUAACGUCAUACCUGUAUAUAUAUGUUUUAUACUGUGAAUGUGCUUAUUUUAGCUUUCUCAAAUUUUACACAGCAAAUUUUGCAGAUUAGCUCAAUGAUGAACUGGCACAUUCACAAAAGUUGCCAUCGAAAAAAAAUUAAAGCACAAUCAUGAUAUACAAUAAUGUAUAACUUAAAGUGCAAAGUGAUAAAAUAAGAAUAUUGCAAAAAAUGAGUACUGCUAAAAUACGUAUGUUUACAAUAUUAAGACUAUUGUACGUACAAAUGAUGACAUCAUGUUAAACUAUUGAUCCCCAGAAACUGAUCAUCAACUCACUGUCCAUCAAUUAGUGUAUGAUCACGAAUCACCAUAUGAUCACAUUAUUAUAGUUUAUAGUGUCUACAUUUUGAGUAUGUAAAGAAAGCUCAUUACAUAUAUCAACACAUUGAGGAAACAUGUUUUCUGUGUCAUAUGUAUAUACGUAAUGGAUUUCUUUGUCUGUGCACAGUUUUGUAUUAUGUAUAUAGUAAUUACUAUACCAGAAAGUCUUUCUAGAAAUCCUUGAUCAUUUAUGAAAUGAUGUGAUAUCUCUAUGGAUUAUGACUAUGUGCUGGUACAUUGUUUCCAGUACACUUGAGUGUUGUGCUUUACCCUUUUUUUGUUGCUUUUCUCUUGUUUUCUGCUUUAUAACAGCAGGCUUUUUCUUCAUUUAGGUUGCUAAGCUUUACCUAGAAAUUCUUUAUAAUAUCUUUUAUUUAAGAUAAAACAGUGUUGUUUCAGUACUAUAGCUGUGCAACAUACAGAAUGCCAAAAUGGCAAGACCUUUACUGUACAAAUAUAUUCACUGUAUGAAGCACCUUUCCUUCAAGUAAUCUCUAAUUUGUUCUCAUCCGUAUAAAAUAUACACAAACAAUAUUUCUCUGAUUGAUAAGCUGAUCAACACAAUGUCACAGAAACUGUUCUUUGAUUUAAGAUUUUCUUUAAUCUGUUGAGGAAACCAAACACUUGGCUUUUAAAUUGGUGUGUAAACUGAAUUUUGACAAACUGGGUUCUAUGCUGUUAUUGGGGGGGGGGUAAAACUAUUGAAAUUGUCAUUUUUAACGGAAGACCUAUUCAAAGUUUAUGUUACCGUACCAUAUUUUUCUCUACUGAUUUAGUAUGCGAGAUUUUUUUCCCCAUUUAUUUGAUAUCCUUUUAUUGGUGAAUUAGAAAGGAAUAUUUCAUGAGCAUUAUCAGCCCCAAAAACCAACAAGAAAAUAAAAUUAAUGCUACAACUUUCAGUUUUAAAAGCCCCAAGGUGCUUACUACAGUGAAUAUAUUUCAAUAAACAAAGUACAUUGUAUAGUGCUUCAGUGAAAAAUUUCUACUACUUUUAAUGAACAGAGAUUUUUAUCCGACAAAAGUCAUACUUCAUGUUGAAAAAGAUGAUUUGAUUAUUAUUCUUGAAUGUUGUUUAUUAUUAUCUAAUAUUGAUCAGACCCUAAAGUGGGAAGAUAAGUGUUUGUUAUCGUAAAUGCAUUUAGAUGCUGUUAUUUAUUAUUUUAUUUUUGUUGUUAUAAUCACUGGCUUUUAUUGGUUGAGAAUAGAGACAUUUCUUAUAUGUUGGAUAGUGGUAAGCUUCUUUUGUGUUAUAUAACAGUUAUGUGGAAUCUUUUGUGUUAAAACUGUUAUGGAGAAUAUUUUGUGUAAUAACUGUUAUGGAGAAUAUUUUGUGUAAUAACUGUUAUGUAAACUCCUUUGUGUUAUAUUAAACUGUUAAGUAGAAUCUCUUUAAAUUAUUAUUGACCAUUUGGAGUUUCAUUUGGAGUUUCUAUGUAUAAUAAUUAUCAGUUUCCCUUUAAAGUAACUGAUAAGAAAUUCAAUAAGGAUGUUUGACCUGAAUGUAUGUUUAUAAAUCAUUGUAUAAUUAAAUAAUUCUGCUAAGACAAAAUAUUCCAAAUUCAUUUUUCAGAUUAUUGUUUUUUUAUUUAUUUCUCAUGAAUUUUUUAAAGAGCAUUUCAAAUAAAUACACAUUUCACAUGAAUGUAUUCAUUUGAUACUGUAGGGAAAAUUCCAAAAUAUUAUACAGCUGUACCAUACAUGCCAUAUUUUUGGGAGACCAAUAAGAGAGAUUGAUGAUUAUUUUAAGGGAGUUUUGCCUAAAAUAAGGGAGAUUUGUCGUGACAUGAAUAUCGACAUUUUUACUCAAUUUUAAAGCAAUAAACUAACUUUAGGAAAAAUUCCAAACUAUGACACUUUUGGCGAAAGUUCAACUAAAUUACAUCAUUAAACAAAGAACACACCUAUUUCAGACUGUAGAUGAAGAUCUUUUAUAUCGACUGGAAGCACUUAUUUUUGGAUUCACAAUUUUUGUUUAAACAUUGUUUCCCAUACAUGUUAGAUGGGAUUGUUAGAUUUCAAACUUAGUGAGGUUCCACUGUUCAUGUAAGCAUCCUCCCUACACCGACAUUUUCCUAAAUAUUACUCUGACUUGUAUAAUUAUUGUAGCAUAUUGAUUAUGCUAUUCAUUUUUAGCUUCAAUUCAUCAAUCACCUCAAUAUGAUUAGGUAGAUUUGUUAGUGUCAAAAGUAUUUAGGCCUUUUAUGAAAAAGGAAAUUUCAGAAAUUUCAAAUGUUUGAAAGAGACAAAUGGAAGUGUUUCUUUUGCAAUAACAAAAGUGGAAUAUUCACAGUAAAUAAUUUAUAAAUAUUAUCAGAUUUAAUCAUCUCAAUCUCAGCAUUUACUGCUGGAGUUUCUUGAAAUAUCAUUUUCUAUAACAUAUUAGUGCUGGUAUCUGUAUUUGUAAGUCACAUGGAUUAUAAAAGUUGUUCUGUGUAUAAUUUGUGUGUGUAUGGACAAUACUGUCGCGCUGUAGGGUUAGACACAUCAUGGUGUUCGUUAUAUCUUGUAGAUUUUGUUUAGUCAUUUUAGUUUCACAUGUUAUUAUUGAUUAUUAUUGAUGUAUGAUCCACUUGCCUUUACGUGUGAACUGUCACUGAAUCAGAGAGAUGUAUGAGUGAACUGCUACAUCAGUAAACAACUCAACAGAUUGAGUGUAUCGUUCUGUAACAGAUUCCACAGUUUAUAAAAUUCAUAGAGUUUGUUAUACUGCCAUCACAUUUUUUUUCAUUAUUUGAAGACAAAAUUAAAAAAACAAACUGAUAAACAUUGGGAUCAAUAUUACAAGUGUUUGUCUAAAUUAAGGCCUGACUGAGAUUUAUAUUUACAUUUUGGCAAUAGAGUAUUUAUUAUACUGUUUUAAAUUUAAUUAAAUUUUACAUUUCACCUGAUGUGAUUGAAAGACAGUCCUAUAAAAAUCCAUUUGAUAAGUUGCAUGCUUUGAAAUUGAAAAUGUAACACAUACUGAUAUUAAGAUGGAUUACUCACAAAAUUUUCAAAAUUUUAAAACAAUAAAUUGAAAUUUGAAAUCAGCAAUUCAAUAAAACAGUGGAAUAUUGUUGAAUUUAUGAUAAAGUAAACAACAUAUUUUUCACUGUAUUCUAACUACAUGUAGUGGUAAAAACUGUUUAAAGCCUUUCUUAUGAAGCCUGGGGACUUGUUUGCCAGAUUUAUAUCUGAAAUAAAACACUUGUCAAAAUGAGUCGUUGUCAAUCGCGGUAUUAGAUUUGGAAUCCUCUGCUAAAAAUAUCUGAAUAUGUGUCAGAGAAACUAAGUUGCAUGAUCACCGAAUUCCAGUAAUUUAUACAAAAUGUUAAUAUUUCAGUACUUUAUUUCAGUGUAAUUUAACUAAUAUCAUCCUGUUCUUUGGAUAUGAAGUGCAAUAUGUUUUAUUUAAAUUUUCAGGCCAUGUCUGCCUCUGUCCAGUUUUAGGUUUGGUUCAGAUCUUGUAAUCCUGUAUUAAUUGCAUGUACAAUGUAGCUCAAGUCCAAACCAUAUGACAUGGAACCAGCUAUGAAUAUGUCUUGCCAGAAUAAAAAAAAACAACAAACAAAAAUUAAUUACCUAGCCAUAUUUGGAAGCAAAUAUAUACCCAUCAUAAGCAUAUAUAUAUAACAUAUAUCUUCAACAACAUUACCCAUAUCAUUUUUUUUACCAGAGUUACUUCCCUUUGUAUCUUUAUGUUCGAUUACCUCCAAUUAUCCAUAUUACAAUCCUACAGUAUUACGCAUGAAUGUUUUCUGAAAUAAAUGUAUUAAUUACAUAAGUAAAACAUUAAAUACAGAAAUCAUAGAAAUAAAUACAAAACAAAAGUUGUUUUUUCAGCUCGGUUAAGUUUUAAAUUAUUGAAUUACUGAAAAUUGAAUGAUAAAAAAACUUUAUUCUCACAUUUAUGUAAACAAAAUUGUGUUGGAGGCAAACAGUUCGAAUUUGUCUGCUGUAAUAUUUUAAAACCGAUUUGAAUUCUUUAAUCAGGUAAAACAGUAUACUUUCCUUCCCUUAACAAGGAUUGAAUCUGUCUGCGUGUGUGCGUUGUUAAAGUUUCUAUCGCCCUUUAGCUGUGUGCAUGGUGAAUCUAAUAGCCCUAAAGCAUUAAUUAGAUUUUCCUCGGGUACAGUAUCUAUAUCCUUUCCUAUGCAAUCAUUGAUAACUUCAUGAUAUUUCCAUACUAUGUCUGUUGCUUACAUUAUUGGUACAGUCUGUAUAUGUUUGUUAUUCAAGUAGAUACUGUUACAAUAUAGGCCUUUAAUCUAUGUAAGUAAGAUGACUGAUAUGUUACUUUUUAAAAGUACCAGUACAGGAAAAGUCUGUUACCAUGGUAAUUUGUAUUUCAUUAAAUGUCACACUUCAUUUUGAAUAGUCUGUCACAUGUUUAGCUUAUUAUACAUUAAUUAGAAGUUUCACAUAAAAAUGUGACAUCUUUGUUGUAAUACUAACUUUGAAAUAAUUCUUGAAAAGUUUCAUAUAAGACUUUUCAUGAACUCUGGCUGAUCUAAACCCAGAUCCUAAUUAUGAGCAGUCAAAUGGCAUAAAACAUAAAUAACAAAAACCUUAUUACAAAGAAAUACAUGACAUAUCAUAGCUGAUCCUUUUUUGCAUAUUGAAAACUUUUUAAUGUUUUACUGCAAUAAAGUUAAUUUUUAUAUUGUAUUGAUCAAAUUAUGGAUUUGUUAUGAAAGAUAUCUAGUGAAUUAGCAGAUAAAUUUAAAUACAGGAAAAAUUAGAAUACAGGAUAUUUAAAUAACUUCAAAAACAUCUAUGUAUAGUAUUAUGAUAGAUUAUUGUGUGGAUUAAGAAGUAAUAUUGAUACAUUCAUCAUUUGUCAGCAGUUAGUUAGUAUAUAACUAGGAGUGAGAGGUAUGCGUGAGUAUAUUUGUGUUUAAGAAUUGUUGAGCGUACAUUGCCUGACUCCGACUGCCUUGGUUAGCCCUAUAAUGGGUGUCGCCCACAAUAUCAUGUUUCCAUUGUUCACACACAGAUCUCCAUGCAAUACGCUGGUCAUUUUGCCACAAACCAGAUGAUUACAGUGGUAUCAAUACAUGACGCUCUGUAAUAUGGCGUGGCUUGUAUGUGUUGUUAGUUACACGGAAUAACUGUUGAAGAAUAAACAAAGUGUGAGAUAA